AAACACAGCACUAGACUGAAAGAAAGCUAAUGAAAAUAGGAUCCAAAGCAAAAUAUUCACAAACAUCUUGGUCAUUUGCUCUUGGGAAGCACCAUGACAUUACACCAUCUCAUGAUCAUUUUUAUCCUAUGGUCUUCCUACACUGUAGGACAAGAGGAAGUAGGAAAAUGUGGACCACCACCAGCUAUUAAUAAUGGAGAUACCAUUUCCUUCACAUUACCUGAAUAUGCUCCAGGAUCACAAGUGGAGUACAGAUGUCAAAAAUUCUAUGUGCUAGAGGGUUCCCCAAUUGUAACAUGCAGAAAUGGAUUAUGGACAAAGGAACCAACAUGCCUAGAGCCAUGUACAAUAACAAAAGAAAUGAUGAUGAAAAAUAACAUAGAAUUUAGAUGGAUAGAUGCUGAAAAAGUUUAUUCAAGAACAGGACAAGAAGUAGAAUUUUCAUGCAUUCAGGGAUUUCAUACAGCUCCAAGCUCACCUCCAUUUAGAGCAAGGUGCCAAGAAGGGAAAAUUGAUUAUCCCAGAUGUACAUAACAGAACUUUGGAAUUCAGCUGCAGAGGUAAUGGAGGACAAAGCCAUCAGCCAUGUCUUACCACUGAUUGGAAAUGGUGACUAUAACAAAUGCUCAGCCUCAAUCUGCACGAUUUGAUCACAUUCUACUUUGUGAUAAAUGUUUUGAUAUAGCUGUGUUUACACAGUUUUGUCCAACAUCCAUUUUGAUGUGAAAUGUUCACUUUUUAAACUGCAAAAGCUGAAACAUGAAACAGUUAAGAAAAAGUCACUUUGUAUCAAUAAAACUUUCACUGUAAGAAAA